AUGUGUCGGCCGGUGUUCUUUAUCUGCCUGUACUGCGGCGCCCGCUACUUCUUCCUGUGGGAGGAGUGCGAUCACUUUUGGGCGCGGUACCAGAAAGUCGUCUUUGAACAGGGCAACUGGGAGGAUCGCCCGCGGGUGAGCCGGCGCGCGGACGAGCCGCCGGCGUGCGGCGGCGACGUGCAGCAUCACCGCGACCGGGAGGCCCCGCUUGGCCGGUGCCCGCGGCUGCGAGAGUGCCCAUCCUUGCGGCCGUACCUCUCCCAACAGAAGAAGCAGCGCCUGCGCACGCUGUCAAGGAGCCAGGGUGGCGGCGUGCCGAUGACCGAAGACCAGAUUCAAGACUUCUUCCAGCGCAGACGGCAGUGGAAUUAUGAGAUUGAGAACUUUAGGAGGUUUCGGAUGCCGGUACCGCCGGUGCCGCCGGGGGAGGUGGAGAUGAUGGGGAGGAGGGCGGCGGAGGCGGCGGUGGUUGCGGAUACGAGGUGGUUGAUGAGGAGGCAAGCCCGGGCUGCGGCGCCUGACGAUGCAGACGAUGCCGACGACGAGAAGGGAGAGGAGAAGGAGCAGGCCGAGAAGGAAGAACAGGAGGCGCAGGGACAGCCGGUGAUGCAGUCGACGGGGGAUCCGGCUGACGAUUCCGGGGAUGGGAUCCCCCCAGAGAGCCUACUGUCUGAGACGACAGUACCGAUGCUGCCGCUGUCGUCGAACCAGCAACCGACGACCGGCGCAGAAUAG